AAUACCCCACUCAAUCCAAAGUAGCUCAAGUGAAAACUGCCGUGGUCUUGCGCCAUGUUCUCCCUAAUCGCAGAAACACGGACCUGAUAUAUUUCAUAUUACAAUUUCUUUUUUAUUUUUUCUGAGAAGAAUUUUUGUGAUUCUUAUCGAAGAAAGGUUUUGUUUUGUUUUUUUUGUUUUUAGUUCCUCUGUUAGGGAUGAAUCUUGUAAAGGGCAACCUUAAACUAAGAAUUCUCUGAGAAAAGAUGUUUCACGAUUGUGAAUCCUACCGGCCGAUGGCGGCGACACCGCUCCUACCGGCGGUGGCGAUGUCGGUGGGGGGCGAGUGGAAUCAACCGCGGAUGCCUCCGCCAGCGGGGACGGACAUGACCGGGAUCUGCUUCCGGGACCAGCUGUGGCUCAACAUCUACCCGCUCGAUCGCAGCCCCGUCUUCGACUACAUUGCGCUCUCCGCUUUCUACGACUGGUCCUGCAACAAUGAGCAGCUACGCUCCCGCUCCAUCCACCCCCUCGACCUCUCCUACCUCUCGUCCAUCCUUUCCCUCAAAACCCCACCAUCCGUUUCUCUUUCUUUCUGUUUCUUUUUGUCCGUCUUCUCUCAAUGAGUUCGAUAUGUGGGUUUUUGGUUCUUUUUUGCGGGUGAUUUUUAGGAAGAUGACGGGUCUUGAGUACAUGCUGAGCGAGGUGAUGGCGCUGCAUUCUGUUUGUGAUUCGGAAGCAGAGAGGGAUGGGCCGGAGAAGGUCAGCCCAAUGCUCACUUAUUCCAUCCUCGAUGGUUCCAUCUACCAGGCGCCGCAGCUCUGCAACAUCUUUGCUGCCCGAAUGGGCAGGGCUCUUUAUGAUAUAUCAAAGGCUUUCAAUAUAGCAACCUCAAGGUUGGAGAAGCUUGGAUAUGAUGCAGAGAAUAAAGACACCAGCUCUGAGUCCAAGACUGCAGAGGAGACCAAUGACAUCAAGGAAUUAAAAUGAGUUGGCCAUAUUCUUGCAUCAUUGCAAUGAGAGCUAACUCGGUCAUGGUUUUCAAUAAAACCAUUCUCUUGAUGACAUGCAUUACAUUUUACAUGUGGUAGAGACAAAUAAUAAUUUUUUUUUCUUAUGUAAAUAAAAUGAAAAAUUCUACCUCUUCACAAUCUUUUCCAGACUUGAGUGAAAAGAGUCUGUUGGAAAAAUACUACCAACAUUGACAUGUACAAGAGCCUUAGUUUAUAUGCUGUCAUGAAUUUUCCCUAACCAAGUUCUUCAAAGAGCCCUUACUAAGAUGACAUAUGACUAGAAAAUAGAAAUGGACAUCUUAUAUAAAUAUUUGAUGUUGUCAAAUUAGAAAGUCAAGUUACUUGGCUGAAGUGGAAGUCAAGGGACUAGAUUUUCAGUGGAAACGGAAUAUAUUUAGCCUUCUGAAUAUUAAUAUUUCGUUGUGAUAGUGUAGGAUCACAUAGUGUAUCUUGUGGACUGAAUAAAUGUGACAACACAUAUAUAAACUAUUCUUUAGUUUUGAUAUGUUUUUGGCUGUACUUGUCCAAAACCGUCAAAACAGCCUUAGUGUUUAAGCAUAGGACGGAAAAAAAUGUGGUCAGAACUGAUUUUAAUUUUUGGUUGCGUUGCCCUUUGAGUCUCUGCCAGAUGAGUGCACGACCUCUUCAAAAUGAGUAAAAUGUUCUUAAAUAUGUAAAUAUCCAAAUUACAAAUUCAAUGGGUAAUUUGUCAUAUGAAGUAAAAUGAGUCACUAUGGGUGGUUACAAGGAAUUGGUGGAGCUCUCAAUGGAUGGCCAAUACCUUAUGGCUCAAUGUGCCACCAAAGUUUGCGGAGGAAAUGUCAUUAGGUAAUUCAAGCACAGGAAUUUAAAUUUUCAUGUCCCUGUAUUUCAUGAAUUAACACAAGACAGAGAAACAUAAACAGCAUCCAUAUGGCACCUGUGGCUUGCAUCAUUCAUGCUAGAGCAGCUGUCCAAUCUUCGCUCCUUCUAUGGCUCUACUCAGAAUUCGAAAUUAGAGUACAAAGAAUCAGCUCCUUCAUGCCUGUCUCCUCGUGUUAUUUAAUUUUUCCCUGAUAUACACCUCUGAUGAAAACAAUCAACUCUAUCCCAGAUAGCUAGUUACUGGAUUUGAGCAUCUGUGGUUCAUUAUGAAAUUUUAGAAACAGGAAGAGGCUUCAGUGAUUGAAAGAUGGAGGUUUUGGUAACUAUAGAAUGAAUAUGAUUUGUUUCUGACAGAGACAGGUUUGCGGGACCAAUAUUAUUUUCUCAUGAAAAUGAAUGAUAAUUGAACAAUGAAUGGUCCAUAAGUCGUACUUUUUGACUAACUCUGUAAAAACUCUUGAUGCAAUCUUGGAGUUUUUAUACACUGUAAUGAAACUUGGUAACGUUAAUUUCUUUUUCUUAGUAAAGAUGUGCUGAAUGGCCUCUGACCCACAGAUAGCUAGUUGUGACCUUUGUGUUGUACAUUGGUAGAGAUGGAGUAGGUAGAUCCUCCUAGAGUAAAAGUCCAAUUCUUGAACUGUUUGGACUUUGGAUACAUAAGAUUGCCUUUUACUGUGUUGUUUCUUCCUUCCAGCAUUUUAUUCCUUAAAGAAAGAAAUGAAACUGGAGUUGAUUUUUCAUCAUUUCUUCUUUCUAUCUUCUCCUUUUUUUCUUUUUUUUUUUUGCAGCUGCCCCCAGCCGCACCUCCACCACCAUGUCCAGAAGGUUAUGCACCUCGUUCGACCUACGAGGCAGAGAAAGGGCUAAGGGACCAACAAACAGCAGAUCCUCCUCCUGUAGAUCCUGUCAUUGCCAAUGCCCAGCCAAAAGGGUUAUUUCAGUGAUGAUUCGCGAGCGGUACCAGUGCCUCCAGUCUUAACUAGUAUAUUGUGCUAACGACAAAUUUCCCUCUAACCAAUGUCUUGGCUUUCUGAUUCACAAUUGUCUUAUUGUUGUCUCCAUAUCAGAUCCGCCAUUAUUAUACUUGUUGUAUCCUUUGUUCUCAUUUCCACCUUUUCCAUGUAAUCUACUUGAUAGCUGGAAUCCAGCAUAGUUUAAAAUAAGCACCCCAAAACCAGACAGAAGAGGAUUUUCUU